UCUUGGCAUCCGAUUGGGUUCUGGCCUGGACGGCGGGUGGGUGGGCCUCCGCCGAGCGGGUAGUCCGCAGCCAAGAGACCUGGCCGUGUUCGGAGUCCCAGCAAGGGAGGCCAGCUUGCGGAGGAGUGGCAUGGAGUUGAAACCAGAAAUGGCAAAUAAUCUUUUGAAGACAUCAUCUCUGUCUAUGAGGACAAAAUUUCUAUGUCAAACAGGAUUGCCACUUUAUAGUACAUCUCAUGGCUUCCAUGAGGAAGAAAUAAAAAAAAAACUUCAGCAGUUUCCUGGUGGAUCCAUUGACCUUCAGAAAGACGACAAUGGCAUUGGCAUUCUUACUCUGAACAAUCCAAGUAAAAUGAACGCAUUCUCAGGUGUUAUGAUGCUACAACUUUUAGAAAAAGUGAUUGAAUUGGAAAAUUGGACAGAAGGGAAAGGUCUCAUUGUCCGUGGGGCAAAAUAUACUUUCUCUUCAGGAUCCGAUCUGAAUGCUGUGAAAGCACUAGGAACUCCAGAGGAUGGAAUGGCCUUGUGCAUGUUCAUGCAAAACACCUUAACAAGAUUUAUGAGACUUCCUUUAAUAAGUGUUGCACUGGUUCAAGGUCGGGCAUUGGGUGGAGGAGCAGAAUUUACGACUGCAUGUGACUUCAGAAAUGCCAGUAUAUUAAAACAUUCUGGCAUACUUAAACUCAUUUUCUCUUCAUCUGGGAUGCUUCUCAACCUUAGGGCUAAUACUGGCCCUACUCCUUUUCUUCUAUUCAUCAUACACUUGAUGCUGCCCAAGGGAGACGUUGGAGCGUACAUCAAGAGGACAUUUUCAGUAAACUUUCGACUCUUGCUUUCAUAUGCGAAAGAGAAAGCCAUUCUGCCCUGGCAUAUCGUGCUCCAGAUAUUUCAGAACAUCAUGUUGUUCAUCAUUUUAAUGACAUCUAAAAUUAAUUUUAUUGAGGUAUAAGUUACAUACAACGAAAUGCAUCCAUUUAAAUUACAUGGUGUCAUUGAAUUUUGAUGAAUGUAUGCACCCAUCGCAACCACCUCCACAGUCAAGAUUUAGGACAUUUCUGUCACCCCUGUAUGCUUGCACAUAUUCCUUCCCAGUAGUUCCCACCCCUAGUUCAAGGUAAACGCUGAUCACUUUCUCACUCUAAAGUAGAUUUAAGAGUUUAUAUAAAUAGACUUGUAUAGUAUGUACUUUUAAACGUCUGGCUUCUUCCAUUCAGUAUAAUUACUUUGAGAUACAUGUUGUACCAUGUAUCAAUAUUUCAUUCCUUUUUUAAUGUUGGAAAGUAUUUAGUGU